AUGUCUGCGCUAAGUUAUGAUCCAGAAUUCGCCCAAUUGGCGGGCGAAUCUCUCACUGACCACCGAGAUGUGAUUCCGGUCGGUGACAUCAAAAGUCGAAGAGAUCGCAUUGCGCAAUUUAUCGAAAAGUCACAAAACCAAGAAUUGCCAAAAGACAUCAAGCAGCAGGUGCACCAUAGCCCCUCAUCAGACGGUCAUCCAGUCGCUAUCUACCAUUUCACCAAAACAGGGACUAGCUCUGGGCCUGGUCCCGCGAUUGUUCACAUACAUGGAGGAGGCUACACCUGCCUCACUGCCGCUGCAAUGACCCCGACUUUAACCAACUAUGUCUCGCUAACGGGCGUCCCUAUUUUGUCCAUCGACUACCGACUAUCGCCGGAGUAUCUGUACCCUCGCCCCCUCGAGGAUUGCUGGGAAUCUUUACUGUGGAUUCAGAAUCACGCUGAGGAGCUCAACAUUGACCCUCAUCGGAUUGCGAUCAUGGGUGAAAGCGCCGGGGGCGGGUUGACGGCGGCGCUCGCCAUCCUUGCCAGAGACAGAGAGCUAUCACCCCCGCUAGCCAAGCAGAUCUUGAUGUACCCCAUGCUAGAUGACCGGACAGAAACGGACCAUACCGGCGGACUUGCUGUAUUUGCUACGGAGGACGUUAUAACAGGCUGGUCAGCCUACCUGGGAGAUCUGUAUAAGACAGAUAAGGUUCCACCGUAUGCAGCAGCGGUCAGACUGGAGGAUGUGAGAGGCCUCCCACCCCUUUAUUAUGACUGCGGUCAACUAGAUAUGUUUAUCCACGAGGGGGCCACGUAUGCCCAAAAGUUCAUCAUGGCAAACAUUCCAGUUGACAUGCAUGUUUACGAAGGAGUUCCUCAUGCUUUUCAACGCUUUGCGCCAACCUCCAAAGUCGCUCAACGCGCCCUGGCUAACCGAGUUGCGGCAAUGCUCAGCUUUUGA